AUGAAUCUUUAACGAACGACACGAACAUAAUGACACAGCAAAAUGCCGUCAAGGAGAAGCUACGAAUGCUAAUAAAAUCCUGAUUGUGUUGAAGAAAUCAAAUAAAUGUCAUCGACUGUCAUCGUCACUCUCAAGUUCUUCAGUUCUUCGAUCCACUUGCAACGGCCUUUCAACCAUCAUCUGUUUCUCCGAAUUUCUGUUCGGCUUGCCUGCGAGGAGAGGAGUGGAAUAGACUUCGGAUCUGCGGAUCCUCGGGUCGCUCUCUCUCUCUUCUUCUUUAGAAUACCAGUGUGCAGGCCGCUCGCUUCACUCCUUUCUCCACUCCAUCCGACAGACCUACCGGUAGUAGAGACCGCCGAUCCACGCAGCAAGGACUGAUUUGAAAUCCCCAGAUCUCUCCCUGAAAGGACUUGGAUAUUGCCAGCGUCCAGCGUCAGCAGUGCAUCAGGUAGCUUGGUGGACACCGACUGACGCCAUUCGCCAGUACGCCUUCCUCCUUCUUCUUGCGAGUUGUCUUGCUCGUUUUCUACCGACCACCAGCGAUAUCAAAAUGACGAUGCGACGAUUUGUAGGGAAACUCCAACUUUUGCCGCUAGUGGUGUCGGUGCUCUUGCCAUUAGUGCCGGUAGCGAGCGCCACGGAGGGCUUUGAUAUCAUUAGCACAGCACAGAGCGACUCUCCUUCCUCGAGUCCAGCUACAGCAGCUUUAGAAUCGUCCAGUGCGUGGCAGUUUCCAUCCAAUAUAUCCUUACGAGCUGGUGUUUUGGUGGCUCCUCCCUUUGCCACUCAAUCGGAAGAUGGUGAAUUUGGUGGCUUCCAAAUCGAUUUGCUGAGGAGAAUGCAGAUCUUUGCCAAGGAAUACGACAAUGUAAACUUCGAUCUGACCAUGUCAAGGAGCCCUCCUUCCUACCUCAAGGCACUAGAUCUGGUGGCCAGUGAUUGUUUGGAACUUGCUGGCCCUACCACACACACAGUUGAAGAUUGCGACAAAUUCGAUAUUAUCAUUGCCAAUUAUUAUGCCACGGCUGCUCGGCAUUUGCGAGUCCAUCUAUCUCCUCCAGUUUUACGGUCCUCCAUUUCUGCCAUCAAAUAUCUUGACAAGACGGGACCAGAUUACACGACACUCUCCCAAGCCCAAGCUGCCCAAGCACCCAUAUGCCUCAAGGAUGGUGCCUAUUAUGCCACAGUUGUCCGGGAACGAUUCCCUGAUGCGGUGUACUACAGCUGUUCCAAUCAUGAAGAUUGUAUCGAAUCACUCAAAGAAGAAAAGUGUGUUCUGUAUAGUGAUGAUGAACUCCAACUCCUCUAUGUGGCAGCGUGGGAUUCUUCCCUGGAAGUCACUGGUGAACAGUUCAAUACACAGUACAUUGUAUGGGCUUUUUCGAGGGCAUUGCCUCAAACUACACUAAUCAUGCUUGACAAGUGGCUGCGUGAUGCUGUUACCAAUGCCACCACUGAUCAAAUUUACUACAAAUACUUCCAAAAGGCACUCUGCCCCAUUGGGACUGCAGGGGAGCAGUGUGAACUACCUUGUGACCCGGACCAUGGCAAGGCUAACAACAGAGGUGUUUGCAUUUGCAAGUCAAGCAAAUGGACUGGUGAUGACUGUUCCAUUGGGGUCCCCGAAAAUGUCAACUCUCUGUCAACUGGCAUGCUCUGGGCUGCCUAUGUCAUGUUCAUGCUGAAUGUUUUUGCUAUCAGCUUGUGCGCAGCGUGGUUGUACUGGAAACGAUGCACAGCCCAAGUGCAGGUUAGUCAACCUUCAUUCUUGUGCUUGGUACUGGCCGGUUGCUUGAUUAGCAGCAGUACCAUUCUUGCUUUGGCACAAGAAGACACUGGAGAGGGAUCUGUUCCUGCGUGCAUGGCAAUACCAUGGCUGUACAGUGUUGGAUUUUGUGUCACGUUUGGGACACUAUUUGCCAAGAUUCGUCGGGUUUUCCUGAUUUUCCGCAACGCCAUCACCAUGCCAGGUUCCAGCAGUAGUAGAAACUUUGUCAGUUUUCCAGAAACCCUGGCUGUCAUUGGGGCUGUCCUGGCAGUGGACAUUAUCAUUUUGAUUCUCUGGACAGCACUGGAUCCCUUGCAGUGGCAACGAGAAGUCCUCACAGAAGAUGUUUUUGGGGAGCCAUUGGAGAGUAUUGGAUAUUGUACAGCGGAACACUGGGCCAUUUGGGCAGGUCUUAUUGCCGCAUUGCAUGUGCUGCUCAUGGCAGUGGCAUGCUUCAUGUGCUAUGCCGCUCGAAAAAUCCCCACAAGAUUUGCUGAAGGCAAAUACAUUUCCAUAGCAAUGAUAUCAAACCUCCAAAUUUUUGUGGUGGGUGUGCCAAUUCUUGUGAUCAUCGGGGCAGAUCCCCAAACAGGGUUCUUUGUUCGAAGUGUUAUAAUCUGGAUGAAUGACUUUGUGGUUGUCACAUUGAUUUUUGGAAAUUUGAUUUACUCAGUUCACUUCGACGAUGUCACCAAAGAGAACGGGGUUGGUCCAAAUUCUGUAAGGGACGUGGUGGGUAGUGCUAUCCAGGAAUAUCGCUCCAAUGUUCAGAGAAGCACAAAGGAGUCUGGGCUCAUGGAAUCAUCGGAGGUGGCCAGUGACAGGCCGGCGGAAGCCACCCCACAGCCAAAAACACAACAAGCCCCAGUGAUUGAAUCAAUCAAAGAGGACAGCAGCAAAAGUGAUGAAGAGAAAAUAGACAAGGAAGACCAGGCAGCCUUGGCGCCCAUGAAGACCUUUGGCAACAGCAAAACAACUACUGAUCCACUUGGAGAAGACAAGAACUCCUGGGCAAUGAAUACAGUUUCUAUGAUGUUGCCUAGUGAAUGUGAAGACCACCAAGAUGAAAAGGUUGAGGACAAAAAUGUGACACACUCCCAAAAGCCAAUUGAUGUGCUAAAGGAUGACAAAAACUCUUGGGGGACAGGGACACUGUCCAUGAUUGCUGCUGAGGAUAAAACAAAUGUUGUACAGACAAACACCGUCCAAAAACCGGUCGAUGCACUGAAAGACGAGAAGAAUUCAUGGGCAAUGGGUACCCUCUCCAGCGUGGCGGAAGACUAGCUUGCUCCUAGACUUGAGCAGCAAGAGGGUUGCAACAUUCUGAGCAGCCCAAUGUCGUUUGUCUCGGGUCCAUUUUAGGUUGAUGUGUUUGUUCCUUCUUGUGUAUAUAUCGUAUAGCUAUAUAAAGCGAAAGCUACCACUGUUUCUG